AGCAUAGCUAUGUGUACAUGAUGAACAUACCUGUAGGUUUCCAGUGUUGCUCCUACUAUAAAUGGAUGAUACACGCGGGCCCGUCCGUGCCGGUGCGCUGACUGGACCAGGGCAUUAAUGAAUGUCGCCAGAUAAUAAUAGACAAAUUGAAAUAAUGAAAGCGAGGCUUUGUUGUUGGUGAAGUACAGUUUUGUACAUUCGUCCUCUUGUUUUACUGAAGAGAUGUGGAUGAAUAAAGGUGAUAGCUAAAGCAUGUCUCCCAAAACCAAAAUGAUUAUUUAUAUGACUCGCCCUCAAAUGAGUUGCACAGGAUAGUUUUAAAUCCUCAUAAGGCAAAAAACUAUUAUUAAAAAUGUGUCCGGUAACAAUGGAGCCGAAAUUACUUCAGCACAUAAACAAGGAGCGCCACAGCUAUCCCGGGCACACCCGCCGCCAUCUUCCUGUUGAACUGACCGAGAAAGCGGCCUGAAUCAUUUUUAUGAUGGAGAACAGAGAGAGCACUGCUUGUGAAAUGAGGCAGAAGAGAAAGAGAUCAUCUUCUCCAGAACCCAGUAGUGUGUCUAUGAAGAGUGACCGAUCCAUUCCUCGCUCAAUUGAUCUCAGUGAUGAACCAGUGACCUGUAGAAGGCGACAGAGAUCAUCUUCUCCAGAACCCAGUAGUGUGUCUAUGAAGAGUGACCGAUCCAUUCCUCGCUCAAUUGAUCUCAGUGAUGAACCAGUGACCUGUAGGGGGCGACAGAGAUCAUCUUCUCCAGAACCCAGUAGUGUGUCUAUGAAGAGUGACCGAUCCAUUCCUCGCUCAAUUGAUCUCAGUGAUGAACCAGUGACCUGUAGGGGGCGACAGAGAUCAUCUUCUCCAGAACCCAGUAGUGUGUCUAUGAAGAGUGUCCGAUCCAUUCCUCGCUCAAUUGAUCUCAGUGAUGAACCAGUGACCUGUAGAAGGCGACAGAGAUCAUCUUCUCCAGAACCCAGUAGUGUGUCUAUGAAGAGUGACCGAUCCAUUCCUCGCUCAAUUGAUCUCAGUGAUGAACCAGUGACCUGUAGGGGGCGACAGAGAUCAUCUUCUCCAGAACCCAGUAGUGUGUCUAUGAAGAGUGGCCGAUCCAUUCCUCGCUCAAUUGAUCUCAGUGAUGAACCAGUGACCUUUGAUCCUGUGCAUAUACACAAUCUGACUGGAGACCUGCAGCAGGAUUCUCAUCCACCAGUAGAUGAUGUUCUUCAGGGAGUCAAAGACAAACACAAAACCAGCAUGAAGAACAAGUACGAGAGCUUAUUUGAGGGAAUCAAACUACACGAGAAUCAAACGCUCCUGAACAGGAUUUACACACAGCUCUACAUCAUAGAGGGAGAGAGUGAAGGGGUGAAUGAAGAACAUGAGGUUUUACACAUGGAGAAAACAGCCAGAACUCAACACUUACAAGACACUCCAAUCUACUGCAAUGACAUCUUUAAACCUGAAGCAGGAUGUGAGGAGAAGAGAACAGACAAAAUAAAGACUGUUCUUACUAAAGGCAUCGCUGGAAUUGGAAAAACAGUCUCUGUGCAGAAGUUCAUUGUGGACUGGGCCGAGGGAAAAGCCAAUCAGGAUGUAGAUUUCAUGUUUGUGCUUCCAUUUCGAGAGCUGAACUUGAUUAAAGAUGAGCCGUACAGUCUUCACAAACUUCUGCUGGACUUUCAUCCUGAACUUCAUGAUCUGAACUCAAAGAUUUAUGAUGAGUGUAAAGUUGUGUUCAUCUUUGAUGGUCUGGAUGAAAGCAGAAUUAAACUGAUGUUUUCAGACAGUGAGAAAGUUCCUGAUGUGACUGAGACUUCAUCAGUGGGUGUGUUGAUGUCAAACCUCAUCAAAGGAGAUCUGCUUCCCUCUGCUCUCAUCUGGAUCACCUCCAGACCAGCAGCAGCCAAUCAGAUCCCCUCCAAAUACAUCAACCGUGUGACAGAGAUUCAGGGAUUCAAUGACUCUCAGAAGGAGGAAUAUUUCAGGAAGAGAAUCAGUGAUGAGGAUCAAGCCAGCAGAAUCAUCUCACACAUUAGAAGAGCAAGAAGCCUCCACAUCAUGUGUCACAUUCCAGUCUUCUGUUGGAUCUCAUCCACUGUGCUUCAAAACAUCCUGAAACAAGAUGACAGUGCAGAAAUCCCUCAAACUCUGACUGAAAUGUACAUCCACUUCCUGCUCAUUCAGAUCAAUAUGAGGAAUCAGAAGUAUGAAGAGAAACUCCUGCAGUCCAACAGAGAAGUGAUUGUGAAACUUGCUGAACUGGCUUUCAAACAGCUGAUGAAGGGCAAUGUCAUGUUCUAUGAGGAGGACCUAAGAGAGAGCUGCAUUGAUGUCACUGACGCCUCAAUGUAUUCUGGGAUCUGCACUGAGAUCUUUAAGGAGGAUUCUGUGAUUCAUCAGAGGAAAGUCUACAGCUUCAUUCAUCUGAGCUUUCAGGAGUUUCUGGCUGCUUUCUUUGUGUUUUACUGCUAUAUAGAAAAGAACAUGGAAGCACUGAAGAUGUUUCAAUGUAGAUAUUAUAUGGGGCCCAGGUCUUGGAGGUUCAAGACUGAUAAAAUGUCUCUGUGUAAGCUUCUAAAAUCAGCAGUUGAUAAAGCUGUUGACAGUGAAAAUGGACACCUGGAUCUUUUCCUACGAUUCCUUCUGGGCGGAUCACUGGAGUCCAAUCAGAGACUCUUACAGGAUCUACUGACUCACACAGAGCUCAGCUCAGAGAGCAUCAGAGAAAUCACACAGUACAUUAAAGACAAAAUCAAGAAAACUGAAGAUCUCUCGACUGACAGGUCCAUCAAUCUGUUCCUCUGUCUGCUGGAGAUGAACGAUCAGACUCUUUACAGAGAGAUUCAGGAGUUUGUGAAAUCAGACAAACACUCAGAGGAGAAACUCUCUCCUGCUCAAUGUUCAGCGAUCGCCUACAUGCUUCAGAUGUCAGAGGAGGUGCUGGAUGAGCUCCAUCCUAAUAAAUACAACACAACAUAUGAGGGCAGAAGGAGACUGAUACCAGCUGUAAUGACGUGCAGAAAAGCUCUGCUUGCUGACUGUGGAGUCACUUAUAUGAGUUGUGAAAUUGUGGCUUCAACUCUACAAUCACCAAAAUCCCUCCUGAGAGAGCUGGAUCUGAGUAACAAUGACCUGCAGGAUUCAGGAGCGAAGCUGCUCUCUGAUGCACUGAGGAGUCCUCACUGUACACUGGAGAUACUGAGAUUGGCCUGCUGUCGACUCACUGGUCAGUGCUGUGAAGGUUUGGCUUCAGUUCUUCAAUCAUCAAACACCUUGAGAGAGCUGGACCUGAGUAACAAUGACCUGCAGGAUUCAGGAGUGAAGCUGCUCUCUGAUGCAUUGAAGAGUCCUCAUGGUACACUGGAGAUACUGAGAUUGUCCAUCUGUAAUCUCACUGGUCGGUGCUGUGAAAGUUUGUCUUCAGUUCUACAAUCAUCAAACACCUUGAGAGAGCUGGACCUGAGUAACAAUGACCUGCAGGAUUCAGGAGUGAAGAUGCUCUCUGAUGCAUUGAAGACUACAAACUGUAACCUGAGGAUUACAGGUGGACUACAAAACUAUGUCUGUGAUCUCACACUUGAUCCAAACACAGUAAACACUAAACUCAUUCUGUCUGAGGGGAACAGGAAGGUGACACAUGUGGAAGAGCAUCAAUCAUAUCCGGAUCAUCCAGAGAGAUUUGAUGUGUGUUAUUCUCAGGUUCUGUGUAGAGAGAGUCUGACUGGACGCUGUUACUGGGAGACUCAAUGGAGUGGAGAUGGUGCUGAUAUAUCAGUGUCGUAUAAAGACAUCAGCAGGAAAGGAGAGAGUCGUGACUGUUUGUUUGGACUGAAUGAAAACUCCUGGAGUCUGAACUGCUCUGAUGGCAAAUUCACUGUCUGGCACAAUGAUAACAUCACUGACAUCCGUCCUCCUUCACCUCUCUCUAACAGAGUAGGAGUGUAUGUGGACUGUCCGGCCGGCACUCUGUCCUUCUACAGCGUCUCUGACACACACACACUCACACACUUACACACAUUCAUCACCACAUUCACUCAACCCCUCUAUGCUGGAUUUGCAGUUGAUUAUAACUCCUCAGUGUCUCUGUGUUAGAGUAAAUAAUAGACACAGAACUGACAAAAAGAAACACACUCCCUUAUUUAUCACACACAACAUACACAGUAGGGGUGCAAAUAUGCAUGGAUGCACCGCAUAGCAACAAUCUGCUAAAUACAUUUUGAUGCAUCAAUUACAGAAUUUAGAAUGGAUUAGCAUUACUAUAUUAAUACCGAAUGUGACCAUCUUGUAUCAUAUGAACGCACUUUGAAAAAAUUUAAGAAAGUGCACUUUGUGGAUGUUACCCAUAGCGUGACAGCAUGUGAAGAUCCAUAACCGCUUCUCAAGUGCUCUUAUGCGAGCACCGUCUCUAGAGACUUGUGCCAGACUCCCGCUAAAAUUUAAACCAGGUAUAAACUUAUCCAUGGGGCGGGAACAAAUUUUUAGCAAGGGGUGCUUUAAUUUUUAUAUGGACAACAUACUCAUCAUAUAAGCACAACUCCCAGCAUUUCUGUCAAUGGACACACACACACACACACACACACACACACACACACACAUACAAACACAAUGGAACAUUUUCACCAGCAAUUAAGUAAUUCAAUAAGCCAGUCAAUGUAGUUACAUUUUACCUGGUUCAAAACUGUUGUUUUGUCAGUGUGAAUGAGGAAAAAACAUAAAAUACAAUAUAAUUGUUCAUACAAAAUAGCUAUUAAAGCGAACCCAUGUGCUAAAAUGUUAAGCUGUUAAGAAAUGUCCUACCUGUUACUUGAAACCCCCAAGUGUGGCCUUGUGCUCAUAGGUAUUGCUAAUAAAUGUCUUAAUGAGAUUCUCAAAAUACAAGUUGUCAGUGAUCUUGUGCAUGGAUAUUUAUCAAUUAAUGUUAAUUUGAUUCAUUUAAAGGUGUUCAGUCACCCCCACAUAAAUGCAGUUAUUGCAUUUAUUUAUUUCGAAAUCAAACUGUUAAUCUUGUUGAUAUUGUUUUCCAGGUUUGCUCACUAGGAAGCACCCCUCUUCCUGUGCCUAUGAACUUAUCAAAUACAAACUUAGACAAUGAAUGCAAAGCACUCUGAUUGAAUUUAACAAUGGUGAAAUAGCAAAUGUUCCUGGUCAUUGCAGGUUAAUUCUUACACACAGUAGCAGAUACCUGCUUACACUAUUUAU